ACAUGGGGGCAGUGUCUUGUUGUUUGGAAAAAGGAUGACACGUUCCCUCUCUUGGGGCUUAUCAGACUAUCUCUUCUUUCGCUAGAUGGUUUUCUAUUUCCCUGCAUUGUUUUACCACAUUGUUUUACCAAUUUUGUGUUUUACCACAAGAUUCACUGCUAUUCAAAUUAUAUUUUGUUCGUACAAUGUCUGUGAUGGCCAUGAAAUACCUGUGAAGAGUACCUGUUCCAAUCAUUAUAGUUGGCUUGACGUUGCAGGAAUGCUUGGUUUUGGUGUGAGGAAAAGACGUUGCAAGUCAAUAGCAAGAAGACUGGCUGUAGGAGUUCUAUUGACCAGUUUCAUGGUGGUAUUGCACUGCUUAUCUACCCCAGCAGUCCAACAAGUCAAUCAACAAAAGGUUACAGUGGCUCUGUCAUGUUCUCACCACUUGUCUCAAAUAUGGGUCCACAAUUUGACCAACUACUCUCAAAGCAGAACAAGUCUGUCAGGGGAGUGUGUGCCCAAGGUGGACCUCAUGUUCAUGAAGACCCACAAGACUGCCAGCAGCACAUUACUCAACAUCAUCUUCCGCUUCGGUGAGAAGCACGGUUUAAAGUUUGCCUUUCCUAAAGGUCGCAAUGACUUCUUCUACCCAUCCCCUUUCCUUUGCUCCCAGGUCAAAGACUACCAGCCUGGGGUAUGUUUCAACAUCUUAUGUAACCACAUGCGCUUUAAUGGGCAUGAGGUGGCAAAGCUCCUCCCAGCAGACGCUCCCUAUUUCACCAUCCUACGAGACCCGGCGGAGUUGUUUGAGUCAUCCUUCCAUUAUUACAGCCGAGCGAUUCCCCUCACCUGGGGGAUCCACGGAGAUAGCAAACUGGCUGAGUUUCUGCGUGAACCCAUGAACUACUACACCCCAAGGAGCUACAACUCAUUCUACCUCAAGAACCUGCUCUUCUUUGACUUUGGAUUUGAUAACAACUUAGAGCCGGACCACCCUCUGGUGGAGAGGGGUAUUCAGACCUUGUCCCAACGCUUCCAGCUGGUCCUGAUGGCGGAGCAUUUUGAGGAGUCUCUCAUCCUGCUGAAAGAUACACUCUGCUGGACGAUGGAAGAUAUGCUGUUCUUCAAGCUCAAUGCCCGCAAGGACUCAUCUGUGUCACGACUGACCCCUGAGCUAAAGGCCAAGGCCCGGGAGUGGAACGGGGCCGACUGGAGGCUCUACCAGCACUUUAACGCCACAUUCUGGGCCAAGGUGGAGGCAUACGGGUGGACACGGAUGGAGCAGGAAGUGAAAGAGCUGAGGAGGAGGAAUGCAGAAAUGGCUGCCAUGUGCAUUGAGGGUGGGGGAGCAGUGGAGGCUGGGCUGAUUCGGGACACAGAUCUGCUUCCCUGGCAGCCAGUUGGAGAGAACUUCAUCCUGGGUUACAAUUUAAGGAAAAACAUUGACCCCAAAUACAGGGAACUCUGUCGGAAAAUGCUCACACCUGAAAUACAGUACCUAUCAGAGCUAGGGGUCAACUUGUGGCUCACAAGAUUAUGGGGUUGGUUAAAGGAUACUAUAUUCUAGCUACAAACUAAUUUAUGGGAACAAUUUGGAUUAAUCCUUAAGAAUAUAAGCUAGGGCUGUGGGGGGUGCUACUAGUAUAAUAUAUGGAAUCGUUUUUUUAUGAUCAUACCAAGGAUGAUUUAGCUAUUUGAUUUUAAAUUGUAGAAGCCCUUUGGCCUUAUUGCUAUUAGCCCAUAGCAACACAUUGAAUGACAGAUUCAUACAUGGAAAAACAGAUAGUUAAAAAUAAAUCAUAAGGAAGUUUGUUUUAAAGUGUUUGUCCUAUGUCUGUCCUAUAUCAUCAGUGGAGGCUGCUGAUACCAAACACAUGUGAGACUCACAUGUUUGAUACUAAACACAUCAAACACGUGGUUUCCCUGUUCCAUUGACCUCCUUCCAGCCAUUAUUAUGAGCUAUCCUCCCCUCAGCAGCCUCCACUGACUUCCAUACAUUUUUUUCAACUGCUACCGGGCUACCUUCAGACGAGUCCCGUGAGGCUUGUGGGCAUCCUAGAGCAAAACAACAUGUACGUGUUUAUGAGUCUCACCUUUCCAUAGAGGGGUCAUAUUCGUGUGUAGCCCAAACUGUUUGGACGCUACAGACAGAAGUUGGCAGAUCGGCGUUACUGAAUUCAGACGAGUGCCAUGACGCUUGUGGGGGUCAUAGAGCAAAACGGAGAACACCACCGUUUUUGUGAGUCAAAUUUUUUCAGAGUGGUCAUAUUAGUUUGUAGGCCAAACUGUUCGGAUGCUACUGACGUUUUGGUGAGAAGACCAAUUUUUGGGAUGUCUCAUGGUCUGACAAACACUGCUGUAGCUCGACCACCUUCCACCGCAGAUGUGGAAGGCCGCCAUUGGCAGAUGCGGUGGAUUGCAAAAAAACUUAUUUCUAGCUUAAACAGACGUAUUUUGAUGGCAAAUUUUUUAUUAUGCUAAUUCGAUUUUCACGGAGGCUUGGAUAUCAACUGUAGGGGUGUUAAACAACUUGGGGUUGCAAAUAAAGAUACACUUUGUGACUGACUCCUUAUGCAGUGCUAUCUUAUUGCAUUGAUGUAUAAGUGGAAGAGAGGAUCAUAACAGCUAUGUGCUGAUUAAUCUCUAAAUUGUACAUAUUCGUUUUUUCUAAGUCAGCAUAUUACUCUCAGAGCUUGACUCUUGAAGCCUGCAUGAAAUCCUUUAUCCCCUCCUCUCAUACUGA